GAAGGAUUCGCUUUACAUCGGCUCUCCGACCGACAGUAACACGCUAAACUGUGUAGCACUGCGCCUGUUCAAUCCACAAGAUACAUUUAUUUCAUUUAUACACGGCCUUAAAGAGGAAGAAAAGAAAAACCGAGGCGCACGCGUAACGAUGGACGACCACGACGGCGAUCUCUCCAAUGUCAACCCGGAUCUGUUGAAGCUGUGUGCCAACGCUGACGACUGGCGGGAACAGAGGCGUCGAGCGAUGAAGGCCAAAAUAUUUGGUGGAGGCCACGGCGGCGGCAGCGAGGGCGAGGCGCUGAGCAGCGCCAAUGCGUAUUUGCCUUCUGACGGCACCACCGCAGGUCCUUCUCCGCCCUCGUCUGCUGCCGGUCCGAUUCCACCGUCGCAGCAGGCGUCGGAGGCGUACAUUCUGCAGCAAAUUCUGUCCCACAAACGGCGCCGUGACGAGGCGAACCAGCAGUCAGCGAACCCACCGAUAAAUGCGGGGGCGGCUUCCUUCUCUGCUCCGCCGGCUCCGCCUCAGCAGCAGCGUCCGCAGCAUCACCAACAGCCGCCGCCGCCUCAGAGCGAGGGUGAGCUUUCACUUAGGGAGAAGCUGAUGCGGAAGUAUCACAAAAAUUGA